AUGGCGUCAGUCAGCACAGAUCCGACUUGGGCAGAAAUUCUCGUCGAGAAGUAUCAAACUCACAUUCUCAGAAGUCCGGCCGCCGCCCGCGCUCCUCCUCACGAAAAGGCACAUGGAGGCCUCGGUCCAAAACCUUUGACGGCUGCUGAGGUCCUCGCUCAUCCUGAGUACCCGUACGCACACUGGGAUUUGAAGCCGGAUGAGAAAGGGAAGGUCGAUGUUGCUAAAGGCAGAGGCGGUCCGUUCAAAAUUGCGUAUGAGAUUCAUGGUCGUGGCCCGAGUAAGAUCAUUUGGAUUAUGGGCCUUGGUGGCUUCAUGAAGACAUGGCAGCGCCAAACCAAGGAUUUUGGCCACACCGAGGCUGACAAGUAUAGUUGUUUGGUGUUUGAUAAUCGAGGCAUGGGGGAAAGUGAUAAGCCUCUUCUGCGAUACACGACUUCGGAAAUGGCCAAGGAUGUUGUGGAACUCCUUGAUCAUGUGGGCUGGACUCAAGACAGGAGUGUUCAUGUUGUUGGUAUCUCAAUGGGUGGCAUGAUCUCACAAGAACUGGCCCUACAAAUCCCAAACCGCAUCUGCAGUUUAAACCUCAUAUCCACAGCCCCACGCAUCAUCCGCACCCUCCCCUUCUUCGAAAACCUUCGCAACCGCAUCAACCUCCUCCUCCCAAAAUCCCUCGACAACCAACUCGCCAAAGUGAAAACCGACUGCUACAGCGCCGAAUGGCUCUCCAAACCCGACGAAACCGAAUCCAUCAUCUCCCCAUUCCCGACAAACGGCGACCGCUUCGCCGCCGGCGAACUCAGCAAACGUCUCGCUCCCGACAUGUUCACGCCGACGGGCUUCCUCUGUCAACUCUACGCCGCUGCUUUCCACCAGAAAUCUUCGGAUCAAAUCAAAACUCUGGGCGACAGGAUCGGGAGGGAGAGGAUUUUGGUUUUGCAUGGGACGGCGGAUCGGAUGAUCCCGUUUGUGCAUGGGGAGAUGCUGAUUGAGGAGCUCGGGGGGAAGGAGGGGGGCAUUGAGGUGGAGAUUUUUGAGGGGUUGGGACAUGUUGCGCCUUUUGAAGUGAGGGGGGAGUUUGGGAGGAUUGUUAAGGGGAGGGUGGAAGUUACGGAGGGGUUGAUGAAGUGAUGAGGGUUUUGGGGUUGGGGGGUGAGGCGAUGAUUACCAUUGAUUUAUUGAAUGGAGUUUUUUUUUUUGGUAAGGUGGGUGGUAGGUUUGGCUUGUUGAUUGUAUGGCGUUUUAUGUAUCUUCGCUAUCAUCCACCUCAUGGCGUGCUGUGUCGAAUGCUGAGAUGAGGGUACUGUACGGGAGCGACCUUCCUCUUUCAACCCCCCAUAUAUAUCAGUCCGGCCUCACUCUAUCUAGAGGACGAGAUUUUCUUCCCUGAACCCACCGCGCAUAAGACACACACACACAC